ACGUCAUUCGGUUGCGACAGUAGCGUCGGCGGCUUGUGACGGCUAUUUAGCGGGUCUGGCGGGAAAGGUUGCUAGGAUGAGGGUGAGGAUCCCAGGGAAGGCUUAGGUCAGUUAACAUACAAAUCCAAACAAAUUUGAUAGGAAUAUGGAUUCUUUAUCAAAUAAACUACCUCAGUGGAUGACUGAACAGACCAAAGGGGACAAAAAGAAUAAUCCAGUCCACCGGAGUGCCCUGGAAGACAACCUUCCCUUCUUAGAAUUCCAUGGUUCCGUUGUUUACAGCUAUAAUGCAAACGACUGUUCCUUGCUCUCAGAGGAUAUUGCUACAACCUUAUCCUAUGGAGCUGCAUUAGGAUUUGACAUUGAAUGGCCGCCAUGCUACACUAAAGGGAAGGAGGGCAAAGUCGCUUUAAUCCAACUCUGUGGAUCUGAACAAAAGUGCUAUUUGUUUCACAUCUCUUCUAUGUCAAACUUUCCUUUGGCACUAAAAAAAUUGCUUGAAAGUAACACUAUUAAAAAAGUUGGGGUUGGUAUCGAAGGGGAUAAAUGGAAGCUGAUGCGUGAUUUUGAAAUCAAGUUGGAGAGCCUUGUGGACCUGGGGGACCUUGCUAAUGAAAAGCUCAAAUGUAAAGAGAUCUGGAGCCUCAACAACCUUCUGAAGCAUCUGUUCCACAAACAGCUUUUGAAAGACAAAUCGGUCCGUUGUGGUAACUGGAAGCAGUUUCCCCUUACAGAGGAGCAAAAGCUGUAUGCUGCCACCGAUGCUUAUGCUAGCCUUCUCAUUUACGAAAAACUGGUGAACAUGAGUACUUCUAAGCAGAUGCAAAUUAGGGCAGAAAAAGAUGGGGCCCUAUUGGCAAGUGAAAUGAAGAAGGAAUUCGCAUCUUUAGUAGAGGAGAUGGUGGAUUUAGCAAAUAAUCUUCCUGGCACUUUUGGACAAUCUACAAACCUUCAAAGAGCUGCAGAAAUUUUGGCUGCCAUGUCAGAAAACUUCAAGGCUUUCAGAAGAGAGCUGCUUGUUGAGCCUGCCUUCCGGAUGGAGCUGGGAGAUACUACAGAUACAGAAAUGAUCUGCGGUAAUGAAGAAAAAACUGAAAUGUCAGACUUGACUUCCAAGGUCACGUCUGAGUCAGUCAAUCGUGUGGGUCACAAACUAGUCCAAAAGGAAGCCCUAAUGGAAGGUGAAUCGGAAAUUAAUAAGAAGACACACGUAGAUGAUGCUUCAGACAGUGGACCUAAAGCUGUGGUGGGAGAAUGCUUAAUGUCGCUAGAUAUAACUGAAUAUGAACUUCAAAUGUUGGAGCGUCAGGCUGAGGAGGAGCUGCUAAGUGAAAUGGCUUGUAUGUCUAAGGAAUCAAGCCAUCUAGAGGAUGAAGAGGAUUCUCUUUGCACCAUUGAAGAUGAUGAUGAACUUGAAAUGGAGAUGCUUAAAUCCUUAGAAGAAAUAGACAAGCACAAUAAAGAUUUCACUGAUUCGACCCUGGAUAAGUCCAAGAGGCAAAGUGAACUCACUAUAGAUGAUAAUGAGGAAGAUGAAGGCAUUGAGGAAGAGGAGGAAAGUUGGGAUUCCUACUUGCCUAGACCGAACGAUAAACAAAUUGCUUGCCUAAAGAUGUAUUUUGGACAUGCAAAUUUUAAACCGGUCCAGUGGAAAGUGAUCUCUUCGGUUUUGCAAGACAGAAGAGACAACCUUGUUGUCAUGGCAACUGACCAAGUACUACAACUUGAGAUGUCAGGAAUUCAAGCUUGUCUACUUGGAUCAGCACAGUCAAAGAAUGUCAGAGGGGAAAUCAAAGCGGGCCACUAUAGAGUUGUCUACAUUACCCCAGAGUUCUGUUCGGGGAACUUGCCAUGGCUUGAGGAACUUGACAGAACAAUUGGCAUCACCCUGAUAGCUGUUGAUGAAGCUCACUGUAUUUCUGAAUGGGGACAUGACUUCAGGAAUUCUUUCAGGUCUUUGGGGUUGUUGAAGAAACAUCUUCCGAAGGUUCCCAUUGUUGCAUUAACGGCAACAGCAAGCCCUUCUGUCAGAGAGGACAUCAUAAACUGUCUGAACCUUAAGACUCCCCAGGUCACAUGUACCAGCUUUGACCGGCCUAAUUUAUACUUAGAAGUAGUAAGGAAAACUGGAAAUAUCAUCGUGGACAUACAGCAGUUCCUUGUUAAAAAAGACAAAUUUAGUUAUGAGUUUGAAGGCCCCGCUAUUGUUUACUGCCCAUCAAGGAAGACAACUGAACAGGUAGCUGCAGAGCUGACAAAAUUAAACAUUGUUUGUGGAACAUACCAUGCUGGCAUGGGAAUCGCAGCAAGGAGAGACAUCCACCACAAAUUCAUGAGAGAUGAAAUUCAGUGUAUAGUAGCGACUGUAGCUUUUGGAAUGGGCAUCAAUAAAGCAGACAUCCGGACAAUUAUUCAUUAUGGAGCGCCAAAGGAAAUGGAAUCGUAUUAUCAGGAAAUUGGAAGGGCUGGUCGUGAUGGGCUCCCUGCCUCUUGCUAUGUAUUAUGGACGCCAGGUGACAUGAGUUUCAACAGACACCUACUCAAUGAGAUACGUAAUGAUAAAUUUCGCCUGUACAAACUGAAGAUGAUGGCAAAGAUUGAGAAAUACCUCAGCUUGAAUAGCUGCAGGAGAAAAAUCAUUUUGUCACAUUUUGAAGACAAACAACUCCGAAAGGCCUCAUCGGGUAUCAUGGGAACAGAAAAAUGUUGCGAUAAUUGCAGAUCCAGGAACAUUCAACGUACUCAUGUGGUCAAUACAGAAGAGAGUUUGCAGGAUUUUGGCCCGCAAGCAUACCAGUUGAUGUCUGCAGUAUGUGCUUUAAACGAGAGGUUUGGCAUGGGAGUCCCAGUCCUGUUUCUCAGAGGAUCUUAUUCUGAACGCCUCCCAGAACAAUACCGAAGUCAUCCUCUCUUCGGAAGUGGGAAGGACUGGCCAGAGAACUGGUGGAAGUCUCUAGGCCGGCAACUGAUCUUAGAGGGCUUUCUUAUAGAGGUUUCUGGCCAACGCAAAUUUACAACCAAGUGCAAGCUGACGCAGACGGGUAAAGACUGGCUCUGUAAAGCAAGAAAGGAGUCAGGACAGAAGCUUCUGCUGCAGCCUAAUGAGGAACUGAACUUAAGGAAGUCUCCUUUAAGCUAUCAGCCGACCUCUUCGAACACCAGACAUUCCUCCUAUAGAACGUUACCUCAGUUGACAACAGAAAAGCAGAUGUCUUUGCAUGAAAAGUUUUCGUAUCGAGAAGCGAGUAAAGUCUCUAGAGAAAGUUCAUCCUCGGCUAAAAGUGCCACAGCACAGUUGUCACGGCUUCUGACCCCUACAGAAUCUGCUGCAUCUCUAAGAGAGAAGGAAUUGCAGACAAUGCUAUAUGGCAAGCUAGUGACAGCCCGUCAGAAACUGGCGAAUGAGAAGGACAUUCCUCCAGCUGUACUAGCAACAAAUAAAGUGCUGGUUGAUAUGAGCGUGAUAAGGCCUACAACUGUGGAAAACAUGAAGAGAGUUGAUGGCGUUUCGGAAGUGAAAUCUACCAUGCUGGCUCCUCUCCUGGUCACAAUCAAGGAGUUCUGCCAGGCAAAUGAUUUACAGAUUGAUGUCUUCAAGAGUUCUGGAUCCAGAGAUCAGCCAGAAAUAGAUCUUCAGAAGGAUGGCGGAUGCAGCACUCUAACAGAAUCGGAACGCACAACUUACACAUUGUUUCAGGAAAAGAGCAUGUCAUUGGAGAGUAUAAGUGACCAGCGGUCUUUGCCUCUUACUGUGGUUGGCACACAUCUAUCCCAAGCCUUGAAAGCUGGCUACCCAGUCAAUUUACAACGUGCCGGUCUCACUCCUGAGAUACAAGAGAUGAUCAUGAAAGUCAUCCAAAACCCUCCCAUCAACUCAGAUAUAACACAAGUGAAAGCUAUUAGAACACUAGUCCCUGCAGAUAUUGAACUGUAUCUUAUAAGAAUGACCAUUGCACUGCUGAAGAAAGGGUACAGAAGUCAGCAGCUGGGACAGCAGGAUGAUUCAGAAAAGCAAGGGCCAACUAGAGAACCUUCAUGUCUACAGACGACAGUAUCCUCACAGAAGGAUGGGGAGAAAAUUAUGUGGAUUAAAACAAAGGCGAAAAGCAAUAAUGAAGAGCAAAUUCUUGGCGCUAAACCAAAUGUCCAGAGCCAUCAGAGCGCUAUCAGAUUGGCCUCAUGGAAUCAGACUUCACUCAAUGCUGAGGAAGAAGAUCUCUUUACUGAUUCCCAGUCACAGACAUUGUCUCAGCCUUCCAAGAGGAAGUUACCAGGGUGGAUUAGGACUUCAGAAGAAACUGUUCCUCGUAAAACUCCCAAGAAAUCUAAGGCUGGAGGAAGCAAAGGGCUCUUUGGUUGAACAUGGAGAUAUCAUAAAACUAUGUUUAAAUAUAAAAACUGAUCAAAAUUUUAUACUUCAUUCACUUUUCUUCACUCAGUCUGACUCAGUGAGGCAUUUAUGAACAUCUCUUUUUCAAAAUACAGAACAUUGAGGGGAAAAACUCUGUUCAUUUUUUACCACACGAACCUAUGACUGGAUGGGCUUAAAAUUAACCCCAAUUAUUGAGUUCGUUCAUAUGCCGGGCUUACCAGGUUCUGAACCUUGAGGUGAAGAAGAAAACAGCAGUGGGUUAAAUCAGAUUAUAGUGUUGCAAGGCUUGCACCUCUGUGUACCACUGAAUAUUGGCAUGCUGAAGAGUUUCAGUAACUUUGGGGGAAAGAACACAGAGUACACUUCGAAGAACAGUUGAAGCCUGGGAACAGUGCAUGUAGCACCUGUCUUCUCCAGCUGCCCUGUUAGUAAUAUCAGUAGGGUUAUUGCUGCAUAAAAUGGGCAAUCCCACAUUUUUUAUUUUUGUGACCAUUUCUUUAAGGAAGGCAAAAAAUGUAACCCAACCGCAGUAUAUUGUGGUGCAUAACUAAGUGGUUGUCUGAUUACUUAACCGUUAUGAAUAUUGUUAAAUUGUUAAUAUAUUAUUUUCUAUAACUUCCACUAUUUUUGGCACUUUCUUAUAAAUAAAACUUGUUUUUCAUUAAAAGUUA